AUGGCGUUCGCCGCUUUAGCGGUUUUGACUCUGAUGGUGGCACUGGAUGGUACAUCAAUAUCAGUAGCCUUGCCUAUCAUUGCCCACAAACUAAACGGAACCGCCAUUGAAGCUUUUUGGGCAGGAACUUCAUUUCUGCUUGCAUCGACUGUCUUUCAGCCAAACUUUGCCAGCUUCAGCCACAUCUUCGGACGAAUGCCAGUCAUCAUGAUCAGCAUAGUCCUGUUCUUUGCAGGUGUGAUGAUGGCCGCAUUAGCCAAUGACUUCGGCCUCUUGCUGGCCGGCAGGGCUAUUCAGGGAAUCGGUGGUGGUGGUAUUAUCUCCAUGACCGAGAUCGUAAUUACUGAUCUAGUACCACUCCGUUAUCGAGGUCAAUGGGCCGGAAUCAUUGGAGGCAUGUGGUCCAUAGGUAGUGUUUCAGGACCUAUUAUCGGAGGCGCUUUUGCAACCGUUCAGUGGCGAUGGAUCUUCUGGAUCAAUUUACCAUUUAUAGGAAUCGGCGGCAUCAUGGUUCCUCUCUUUCUGAGACUCAACGUCAUUCCACAAAGCAUUGCUGCCAAAUUGAGAAGAGUCGAUUGGAUUGGCACCAUCUUGUUUGUGGGAAGCAUGACAAGCUUCCUCAUUCCACUUACCUGGGGAGGUGUCAUGUACCCCUGGUCCCAUUGGAGAACCCUCGUUCCUCUUAUCAUCGGCGCUGCUGGUCUCCUCGGCUUCUGCUUCUAUGAGAAGUACUUUGCCCCAGAGCCUCUCCUUCGACUGUCAGUGUUUGCAAACCGUACUGCCAACAUUGCCUACCUAACCACAACCAUUCACGGCCUUAUUCUCUGGUGUCUUUUGUAUUAUCAGCCAUUGUACUUUGAGGCUGUGAAGGAGUACAAGCCAGUCAUCUCAGGUGUUGCCCUCUUCCCUGCAACGUUCACCGUGGCACCUUUGGCAGUCGUCACUGGGUUUACAAUUACCAAACUAGGACGAUAUAGGUGGGCAAUUUGGUCCGGCUGGGUAGUCUCGACGCUUGGUCUUGGUCUGCUGGUCCUACUCAAAGUAGACACAAAGGUCCCACAGUGGAUUUUCAUUGAUCUGGUUUCGGGUGUCGGUCUGGGUAUCCUGUUCCCGUCCCUUCAAUUCCAGCUGCAAGCCGCCAGUACGAAUAAAGAUAUGGCCUUUGCCGUCGCCAUGUUUGUGUUUUUCCGAUCCUUCGGUCAAGCGCUGGGGGUCGCGAUUGGCGGGGUGGUUUUCCAAAACGAGAUGGCCAACAACCUUCGAGCAUAUCCUCGCUUUGUGGAGCAAUCUAGCGAGCUCGCAAAGGAUGCAGCUGCCUUGGUUGAGAUCAUCAAGCACACUGCCGUCGCCGACGGAAAGCUUGAUCUUCAGACCGCAUACACUGAUAGUUUGAGAACCGUCUACAUUUUCCUCACAGUCUUGGCUGGAGUCUGUCUUAUUGCAAGUCUCUGGAUCAAAGGGUACGACUUGAAUGUCGGUUUGGAGACCGAACAAGGUUUGAUUGUUAAGCAGAAGAAGAUAGACAUUCGAGCGGAGGAAGGCCAGGGUGCUGUUGGAAAGUCCGAGGCCCCUAAUGCAUGA